AUGCCUCUGAACCUGGUGCUCCUCUUGCUCCCGCUCAGCCCUGCUCUGGCUUGGCUCCCGGUGGACGACUGGGACUCCGCCAACGUGACCGCGUCUGGAGGAGGACAGGACUGCGUCUGCAGCGUCUUCCUGCCUGACAGCAGCUUCCCCGUGGACCGCGUGCAACACAUGCAGCAAGUUACGGCUGAUCUGAGACUGGAGGUGGAGAUUCAGAUAAGUAAGCUCAUCCGCUACGGAGGCAGACUGGACGCCUUCCUGUCGGAGCUGAAGGACCUGAGCAUCCGAGUGGUGAUGCUGGAGAGCAGCCCCGACAACUACGUCAAGCUGGACUUUGAGCUGCUCAGGAUCGAGCUCAGAGAGUUCGAGGCGCUGGUGUUUCAGCUUAAAGAGUCUCUCAACUCGUCCUCGCCGGCGCUGGACGCCCUGUUUGCAGAGAUUCACAACAUGAGCCUCACCGUGGACCAACUGGAGACGUUCGACCGGAGCAACCUGCUGGUGAUCCGCAUCGAGUUCGCCAAGCUGCAGAAGAAGCUGGAGGACUGUCAGAAGGAGCAGAACCUCCUCAAGCCCGACGUCGGCAACUGCAACCACACGGGGAUCAUGAGCAUCAGCAAACCCAUGGUGCUGCAGAUCAACGCUCACCUGAACCCAGGGUACCAGUACGGAGGCUGGGGCAAGGACUCCAAACCAGUCCGAGGCUCUGAGUCCAUGUACUGGUACGGCGCCUACAACAAGCCCGCCGUCUACGAGUUCUACCUGUAUUCAGACUACGACAAGCUCAUCCAGCGCUCCUCCUUCACGCACCACGGCCUCCCGCAAGGCUACGAGGGUGCGGGCAGCAACUUCGUGGUCCACGGCAACGCGGUUUAUUACCAGGCCGCCGAUCCCUUCAGAAUGUCCAAACUGAACCUCACCUCGUCCGUCUACACCCACCGACACAUCACCAAAGCCAGCCAGAGCUUCUCCUACGCCUACUCCCCCGACCAGCACCUGGACUUCUCCGCCGACGAGGAGGGGCUGUGGGUGCUGUACGCCACCGAGGAGGCCAAGGGCCAGCUGGUGGUGGCCAAGCUGGACGAGGCGGCGUUCGGCGUGGAGGAGGAGUGGACCACCAGCGCCUACAAGCCGCUGGCGGGAAACGCCUUCAUGGCGUGCGGCGUCAUGUACGCCACCAGACCCGGGGACCAGAACACGGAGGAGAUCUACUACGCCUACGACACCCGCACCAGGACAGAGAGGUACAUGAGCGUUCCCAUCCAGAAGCUGCAGGAGCGCUUUGUCAACCUGCACUACAACCCCACCGACCAGAGGCUCUACAUGUACAACAGCGGCUACUACGUGUCCUACAGCGUGAGGUUCAACACAGAGUGAUGCCUCUUCUCACUGAUCUCCUGCAUUGUGAUUAAUGCAAGUGAUGUGAAAAGUCUGUCACUCAGAUAAAUGUUUCAUUUCGAGAAUAAAGUCAAUGUUGAGCAUUCAGAGGAUGUUUUGUUUUUAUUUUAGCAUGAAAUAAAUCAGACCAGAGAAGCUGCCUCUGGACUUUAACUGUACUAAAGCAACCCCCUGCUCUGCAGCGACUGAUGGCUCCCCUCCU